AUGGAAAGAAAACAAACAAGAGGGGAAAUUAUUAAAUCCUUAACUUUCCAGUUGUUUGAUUCAACGAUUUCAAUUAAACUUGUGUGUUUGAGAAGGCUAAUAACUAUUGAUUCCAAAGGAAAUCGAGCAAUCUUAAUUAGGUGGAAGAACCGGAAUCAGUUGCUCUUGCAACAGGUAUCUUUAAUUGGCCAUCUACAUCUUCUAGGAGAGCUUCCUCACAUAACCUUGGGAAAACUAGCAGAUAAAUAUGGUCAAAUCUUUAUGAUUAAGCUCGGUAUCCACCGAGCUUUGGUUGUAAGCACAGCAGAGAUGGCGAAAGAGUGCUUAGGCGGCACCAAUGACAAAGUAUUCUUAAACCGUCCUCAAAAAAUCUUUGUUAAACAUAUGGUUUACAACGGCAUGAUGUUGGGCUUCAGCAAAUACGGCCAAUACUGGCGUGAGAUGCGCAAGAUUACCAUUGUCGAGCUACUGUCCGCCCAUCGGGUAGAGAUGUUAAAAAAUGUCAGGAUAUCUGAGGUAAGAUCAGCAAUGAAGAGUAUAUCAAUUUCCAGGUCUGAAUUAACAGACAUGAAACAAUGGUUUACUAAUAUAAGCAUGAACACUAUUGUAAGAUUAGUUUCAGGUAAGUCAUUGAAGGAAUUUUACCAAGGGGAGGAAUAUCAUAGGUGUGCAAAGGCAUUCAGGGAUUUCUUCGAAUUGGCAGGUGUAUUCGUUCCUGCUGAUGCACUGCCCUUACUGAGGUGGUUUGAUAUCGGAGGGUACGAGAGAAAAAUGAAGAAAGCAGGAAAAGAGAUUGAUCAGAUAGCUCAAAGAUGGUUGGAUGAACAUAAAAACAGAAAUUCUAAAGAGGCACAAGGAAAGCUGGACUUCAUGGAUGUGAUGCUUGGUAUUUUUGAGUCUGGACAGGAAAAGCCUUCCAAAUAUGAAACAGAUACAAUCAUCAAAGCUACUUGCAUGGUAAGAAAUUUUAUAUACGCAUUAAACUUGGUUUCUAUAUUAUGAAAUGUCAGUAUUUGAUAAAUGCUUGAACAUUUUAAUUUUAUGACAACAAACAAACUAACAAAUAUGAUACAGAAAACAUGUUUUCAUGAUAGCCGAUUUGUCUUAAUCUGUGCUCAUACUAGUCAUAAACUGUUUGGGCCAAGUCCAUUGUCCUAAGCCCAUUGACCCAGAAUUACAAAAAUACCCCUCCAUGAUCCAGCCCAUCAUUAUUCAGAGCAAAGUACAGAUUUACCCCUAAUCUGUCCAAUUAAGUACAACUUCUGCCACUAUCUAUAAAUAGCUCUUCAAUCAUUAAUGAUGGUAACUUUUUCCUAAUUCUAUAA